AUGCAAUCAGCAACGACGAGGCAUGUUCGAACUUUACUAACUCUUUCUGUGGUAGUACGACUUGCAGUCUGGAUAUUAGUUUCGAUUUCUGCACACUCGCUUCCACUGUUCGAUUCAUCACCAUAUAUUUGGGUCAACGAGACACUCCCAUCCUCUGUCCUCCUUCGUUGGGAUGCGUUCCAUUUCGCGCACAUAGCAAGAGAAGGAUACGUGUAUGAACACGAGUGGGCAUUUUUCAAUGGAUUGCCACUACUAAUGCGUAUUUUGGCCCACCUGCAGGCCCUAGCAGGUUUGGGUUCGAACGGUUGGGGAACACUUCUUCGAGGUGGAGCAGGCAUGGCCAUACUGUGCGACUCAACACACGUGCUGUAUCACCUAUCAUUACAUCAUUUUCGCUCACCUUCCCUGGCAUUUUUAUCGACUGCACUCUCCGUAUUCUCGAGCAGCCCCGCUGCGCUUAAAUUGGCAUCCUACAGCGAACCAUUUUUCACAUAUUUCUCGUAUCGGGGCAUGCUGGCAUGUGCUCGCUCCAAGUGGGCUGCAGCAUCUGUAUGCUUUGCAUUAGCAAGCAUGUUCAGGUCCAACGGAAUAUUCUUGUCCGGAUUCAUAUUAUGGGGCAUGCUGGUCACACCUUUUCUGGCAGGGCAGAAAGAUCAACUUACUCCUAGGCGUCUGCUUAAAUGCGUGUUAUUGACUGCGUUGCCUCUGAUCCCCUUUAUCCACCACAAUACCAUCGCAUAUCUGCGGUUCUGCAAGUCCUCGGAAACACGCAUCCCGGAUUGGUGCACGAGCAAUAUGAUUCCUUCAAUAUACUCCCACGUGCAAUCCAAAUACUGGCACGUUGGCUUCUUGCAAUAUUGGACUGUCUCCAACAUACCAAACUUCAUGUUCGCGUUUCCUGCCUUGCUCCAUGUGUUCGCGUUCUGCUGGUUUUAUCUGUCGAACUUACCUUCAAUUAUUCCCCACAUCGCACCACGGAUCCUCUCAAAGAACAAUGACGCCCCUUCCCCUCCUCAGCUUGACUCUCCAUUUCUAUCUCCAUCCCUAUUGCCCCACGUACUCCAUGCCUUGGCGCUCACAUCGAUCUUGACGUUCAACGCUCACGUUCAGAUAUCACUCAGGCUUCUCCCGUCUCUUCCACUCACGUACUGGGCUGCCGCUCGCCUCAUGCUCGACAUUCCGAAGUGGGGGAAAGCAUGGGUCACGUGGAGUGUUUUGUGGGGUGCCUUGAGUUGUGUCCUAUGGGCUGUGUUCCUCCCCCCUGCUUGA